CUAGUGCACGUGACGUGCCGGUUGAACGUAUCGCGGUUAGACGUUUUAAUAAUUUCACAACGCGACGCGACUCAGUCCAUCGCUAACACGUCACACACAAUCGUUUGACGACAGUGCGUUUCCAAAAAAAUAACAACGCCGCGUAUGAAUCAUUCGCUCCUCUAGAAGUGCUCUUAAUCAAGUCUCAGUUGCAGUUCGUGUGAUAGCAGUGUUUGAACGAGGUCGUUUUGUUUGAAUCGUAACGCAAUGUCUUACCCACCGUAUCAACAGGCGCCAGACGGCUCCCAGCCGCCGUAUCCGCAACAUGGAGCCGGCAUGCCGUACCCCGGCUACCCUCCCGCACAGUACCCGCCGCAAGGCGUCUUCCCGCCAAGCCUCGGCAUGCCAAUGAAUACACCGAUGUACAUGCCACAACCGUACGGCGGUAUGGCGCCAGCUCCCUACCCGCCCUAUGGCGGCGCUCCUGGCUAUCCGCCAGCCGGUGGGCCUGGUUAUCCCGGGGGACCACCACCCGCUGGUCCCGGUUAUCCCGGGGGACCGCCACCUGCUGGUCCCGGAUAUCCCGGCGCGCCUCCACCAACCGGAGCACCCGGUUAUCUACCUCCGCACGUGGGCGACGGUGGUUAUCAGCCGCCCGUCGGCAACGUCCAUAACCCGCCAAGUGUUAGUCAUGAAAUUAAGUAUACUCCAACCUUGCGCCCUGCUAAUCCAUUCGACCCGCGGGCGGAUGCGGAAGUUUUAAGGAAAGCAAUGAAAGGUUUUGGCACCGACGAGAAGGCCAUUAUUAAUGUCCUGGGACGCAGGACGAACUCUCAACGCCUCGAGAUUGCUCUACAAUUUAAAACCUUAUACGGAAAAGAUUUGGUGAAAGAUCUGAAGAGUGAAACGAGCGGAAAAUUCGAAGAUUUGUUGGUUGCACUAAUGACACCGCUUCCAUCAUUCUACGCUAAAGAACUGCACCACGCUAUCAGUGGUAUCGGCACCAAUGAGGAGACCCUUAUCGAAAUCAUGUGCUCGAUGGAUAACAAUGAAAUUCGUUGCAUAACCGCCGCUUAUCAAGCAGCGUAUUAUCGAUCAUUGGAAGAUGAUUUAAGGGGAGAUACAUCCGGUACAUUCAAACGUCUGUUGGUUUCUCUGUGUACUGCUGGACGAGAUGAAAAUCCACACGUGAACCAUGCCCAAGCAACAGCCGAUGCGCAAGAUUUACUAAACGCUGGUGAAUUGCGUUGGGGAACGGAUGAAUCCACGUUUAAUAUGAUUAUGUGCCAGAGAAGUUAUCCGCAUUUGCGUGUUGUCUUUGACGAGUAUCAGCGCAUUUCCGGGCGCAGUAUUGAGGAAUCCGUGAAAAGCGAGUUCUCUGGUAAUAGCGAAGAUGGUCUGCUUGCCAUCAUACGCUGUGUUCGUAACCGACCGGCGUUUUACGCGAAAAUGUUGCAUGAAAGCGUCAAAGGUAUGGGCACCAAUGACAGACAACUUAUUCGUCUUGUAAGCACACGCUGUGAGGUUGAUAUGGAGGAUGUCAAAACUAAUUACCUAGCGAAGUACGGCGAAUCGCUCAAGGAUGCUAUUUCGGGUGAUGCAUCUGGAGACUACAAGAAGUUGUUGUUGUGCCUGAUUGGCGAGUAUUAAAUGACCAGCUUCAGUACUUAUAUUGAAUGAAUGUCUAUUUGCAAAACUUAUUCCUGUCCAAUAGGUCUACGUAAAUUUAUAUGAAAUUAAUUUUAUUAAUUACUAUUGUAUUAAUAACUUGUCGACUGGAAAACGCCUUUUAUGGAUCAAUUUUGAUGAAUGUUCAUAACUAUUUUAUGCACGCAAAUUAUAUAAAUAGAUGUUUCUAAUAAAUUUAUACUACAUAUUUUAAAA